AGUAAUGCAGGUUUAGUACUUGGUGUGGCUGGAAGAUUGGUGAAGGACAAAGGACAUCCUCUGCUUCAUGAAGCAUACUCCAAGCUAAUAACCCAGCCCAAUGUGUACUUGAUUGUUGCUGGUUCAGGACCAUGGGAGAAUCGGUACAAGGAUUUAGGAGGCCAAGUUCUUGUUCUAGGAUCUAUGAGCCCGUCCAUGUUAAGGGCGUUCUAUGCUGUAGACAUUUUUUUGAAUCCCACGCUUAGGCCACAAGGACUUGAUCUUACUCUAAUGGAGGCAAUGAUGAGCGGGAAGCCCCUUUUGGCAUCAAGAUUUCCAAGCAUCAAAGGUAGUGUGGUUGUUAAUGAUGAGUUUGGCUUUAUGUUCUCUCCAAAUGUGGACUCAUUGUUGGAGUCACUUGAAGCUGUGGUGAAGGAAGGUCCAGAGAGGCUAGCAAGAAGGGGAAAGGCAUGUCGUGAAUAUGCAACUUCCAUGUUCACGGCGACAAAGAUGGCAUUGGCAUACGAGAGGCUGUUCCUAUGUAUAAAAGAUGAUGCAUUUUGCGCCUAUCCGUGAAGAAGGCUUAGGUUAUAGAUACUUCUCCAUUCUUUCUUCUUUUUCUUUCGAUUUUCUUCAUGAUUGAAUACCACAAUUGUUAUAUCGAUUCCAUAUGUUAAUCCAAUCAAUAAAAUUUAUAUAUCACAUCCAGAAGA